UUCGAGGACAAGCACAUGAGUUCUCCACUACACUUUAUUCAUACAUCUGGUGCAUUAUUAACAGGGCACAUUAGCUCCAAUUUUUCGUACGCAUUUUUGUGCGCUCUUUCAAGAGUUAUGGCCCUGAUUCUUCUCUCGUUUUUCAUAGUUUUCCUGCUCCCUCCAACCAACGCUCAGGGCGAUCCACCUUCCCCGGGCUACUACCCUAGUUCAAGAGUUGCUUCACUAGGGUUUAACCAGGGCUUUAGGACCCUUUGGGGUCCUCAGAAUCAAAGGAUCGAGCAAGGCUCUUUAACAGUCUGGCUUGAUAGAAGCUCAGGCAGCGGAUUCAAAUCCCUCAACCGAUAUCGAUCUGGUUAUUUUGGUGCUGCCGUCAAGCUCCAACCUGGUUAUACAGCUGGAGUCAUUACAUCUUUCUACCUUUCAAACAACGAGGACUAUCCCGGGUACCAUGAUGAGAUUGACAUCGAGUUUCUCGGGACAACUACUGAUAAGCCAUAUACAUUGCAAACAAACGUCUACAUGAGAGGAAGUGGAGAUGGAAACAUUGUAGGCAGGGAGAUGAAGUUUCACCUUUGGUUCGACCCCACGAAAGAUUUCCACAACUAUGCUAUACUCUGGAGCCCUAACGAAAUCAUAUUUUUUGUCGACGACGUGCCAAUUAGAAGAUACCCAAGAAAAAGUGAUGCCACAUUUCCUCUAAGACCUAUGUGGGUGUACGGUUCGAUUUGGGAUGCAUCAUCAUGGGCCACCGAGGAAGGAAAAUACAAAGCUGAUUAUCAGUACCAGCCCUUUGUUGGGAGGUACAACAAUUUCAAAUUAGGUGGUUGCACCACCAAUGGCGCUGCCACUUGCCGCUCUAUAUCUGCUUCUCCGGCGGGUCCUAGUGGGCUGAGCAGCAAGCAAUAUGCAGCCAUGGCAUGGGUCCAGAGGAACUACAAGGUUUAUGAUUAUUGCGCGGAUCCUAGUAGAGACCACACCCAUACACCUGAGUGCUAGGUCUUAUUGGGGGGAAAAUUUUUAAAUUAAUAAAAGAAUAUAUCAAGGUCGAGCCUCAGGAUUUAGAAGGUCCAAAUCCCCGUUUUCUUAAAUUUCACUCUUUCCUUAUUUAAAAAUUUCAAAAAAAAAAAUAUGAAGUUGUUUUAAUUGUCUGGAGUGUUUUGAGAUGGGUCCACUUGCCAAGAAUAGAUGCAAGAGUAGUUGAAGCGUCCAAGCCUCCAAGAUUGGGAAGCGGAAUCCAUUUUGUUUUGUUUGUGGCAAUAAAUAUUUAAUGUAAUGAUCAUGUUAUUGUAUUUGUAAUAUAGCUGCAGUAGUUGAUAGAGAACGUAAGAAGUAAUGACACCAAAAAAAAAAAAAAAAAAAGAUCAAAGAUGUAUGUGGUGAAUUGGGAGCGUCUUCAUGAGGUUUAACUGUAGAUCAGCUCAAAUGUAUGAUUAUCUUUUCUUGGUUAUAAUAAAGAAAAUUUGCGCAUUCAUUUG